AUGGGUACUUCUGCAACAUGUGUACAUGGGAAUAUGUCGCUCCCCAUGCUAUACCACUCGGGGAGGCAGAGUUCGUACUUCCGCACCCAGAUUCAAACGAUGUUUGGUAACGUAGAAAAUGCCAGAGCUCAUCUAGAAUUUUCAUGGCGGGUCGUCCCGUUAUCUCAAGGGCAGGAGGAGUGGAAGCGUAUAGGUUAA